AUGCCUGUGACCAAUGCACAGUUUCGUGCUGCCAUCACAUCCGUGGGAUGGACGCGGAACUUUCUGCACUUGGAUCCUAUACCACGUCACUGGACGAUCCGUCAGAGCCGAUCUGAGCCCAAGAAUACCGCGGUCAAAGUGAAGGACAGAAUCAAGUGGUGGAAUAUUGUCCCUGGUGAUCAGGUUAGGUUGCGCGGAGACCCAGAGGGCACCAUUCAUGAGGUGGACAAGGUAAAUAAGUUCAAUAAUCGGGUUUACCUAAAGAGAGAGGUGCAGCGCGAGUCGAACCCAAGCCCGCUCAAGGGGGGCUUUAAUACCUCUAAGUCUGUCCCUUAUUCAAGGUGCCAGUUACUUCUUGGAAGAUACGAGUUUCCUCCGACCGAGGAUUCUUUCCAGCCGCGACUUCUGCCUGUGUUCGCAGCGCGGUUGGGUACCUCAAAGCCGUUUUGGGCUCAAAAUGUCGGCCGAUGGCAGUGGAAUCGCUAUGCCGUGGCUACUAUCCCAAGAUUACCUGAUUUGAUUCCGGGUGAGAAGGAGCGGACGCUGAUUCCAUGGCCAAAAGCUGAAAAACCGAGAAUUCCUGACCCUACUCCGUACGACACGACGCAGGAUGCUGUUACUGAGGUUACUUACAUGCCUCCAAAACUACCGGCAUAUGGGGGUGUCAAGAUCGUCAUCCCAUCCCGUCCAUCUGAACACGCAUACAUCCGGUUGCUGAUGAAGCCCGAGAAGUAUGCCUACGAUCCCUCUCAGCCAGUGGAGGUCCAUCUAGUCAAGGAGCUGUCAAACCCCCACUCGCGUGCAAAGAAACAGGCCCGAUGGAAAGCGCUCCAGGAACACAAACGCGCUUUGUUGAAGGAGUACACCAAGGCAGAAUUGAAGGACCUCAAAGGCCGCACGAGACGAGAGGCACGUGCCGAGGGGACCUGGAAAUGGCGGGUGAAGCUGGCUGAGGAGCAUAAGGCGGAGUUACUGCGCAGGUCAAAGAAUCGUGGAGCGGAGGCGAGGUUACUGCGCAAGAGAGUGAGGAAGGCUCGCAAGGAGCUCAAACAGCGGGAGAGACUACGGAAUCUCGUACUGGAGGAGGCGCCUAACCAAGUCGUACCUCCCACAGAGAUCCCUGCGUAG